CCCACUCUUCGCGAGCGUCGGCACCGAAAUAACACCGAGCCGCACCCGGGAGGAAGCCCCCGGCGCGGGGCGGGAUAGGGGCUGAGCCCCCUGUGCCUCCGACUGGGAAUCGCGGGCGGGACGUUCCGGUGGAGCCGAGCCCCAGGAGCCGAACACCCUGGUGCCCGGGUUGGUGCCAUCGCUGCCGGCAGGGAAGGGCCGUCGUGCUCGAGAUGUGCUGAGCAGUGCCUGUGCCGAGCCGUGCCGCGCCGUGCCCGUGCCGUACCCGCCCCCGGGCGCGCCUCCUCGGCGGCGCGGGAGGAGGCGGCGCGGAGCAUCGGCGGCGCCCGGGCGGGGAUGGCGGCUCCGGGAGCGCUGGAGCCGGCGGCCGGCAGCGUACCGGGCACCAAGGUGGAGCUCACCGUGUCCUGCCGGAACCUGCUGGACAUGGACACCUUUUCCAAGUCCGACCCAGUGGUGGUCCUCUUUGUGCAGGUCUCGGGGAGCAGCGAGUGGAAGGAGUUCGGACGCACCGAGGUGAUCGACAACACCCUGAACCCCGACUUUGUCCGCAAGUUCGUCCUUGACUACUACUUUGAGGAGAAGCAAAACCUCCGCUUCGAUGUCUACAACGUGGACUCCAAGAGCUGCUCUGCUUUAAAGCAGGACUUCCUGGGGCAGGCAUUUGUGGCACUGGGAGAGGUGAUUGGGUCCCAGCGGGGACGCCUGGAGAGACCCCUAACGGGUGUCCCAGGGAAGCGGUGUGGGACUAUCCUGCUACUGGCUGAGGAGCUGAGCAACUGCCGGGACAUCGUCACAAUGCAGCUGUGUGCCAACAAGCUGGAUAAGAAGGACUUCUUUGGAAAAUCCGAUCCUUUCCUCGUCUUCUAUCGUAGCAAUGAGGAUGGCACCUUUACCAUUUGCCAUAAGACAGAGGUGGUGAAGAACACACUCAACCCAGUGUGGCAGCCCUUCACCAUCCCCGUGCGCGCCCUCUGCAAUGGCGACUACGACCGGUACAGGAAUGGGGAUGGGGACAGGGACAUGGGCAGCCACGGGGCCAGAGCAGGGACGGUGAAGAUAGAUGUGUACGACUGGGACCGGGAUGGGAGCCACGACUUCAUUGGGGAAUUUGCCACCAGCUACCGGGAGCUCUCUCGAGCACAGAGUCAGUUCACAGUGUAUGAGGUGCUGAAUCCCAGGAAGAAAUGCAAGAAGAAGAAAUAUGUGAAUUCUGGCACUGUGACACUGCUCUCCUUCUCCGUUGAGUCUGAGUUCACCUUCGUUGACUACAUACGGGGCGGGACGCAGCUGAAUUUCACUGUUGCCAUUGACUUCACGGCCUCCAAUGGGUUGCCAUCACAGCCCACCUCGCUGCACUAUGCGAGCCCCUACCAGCUGAGCGCCUAUGCCCUGGCACUGAAGGCAGUGGGGGAAAUCAUCCAGGACUACGACAGUGACAAGCUCUUCCCUGCCUACGGCUUUGGUGCCAAAGUCCCACCUGACGGCAAGAUCUCCCACCAGUUUCCUCUGAACAACAAUGUGGAGAACCCCAGCUGUGCUGGCAUUGAAGGCGUGCUGGAGUCCUACCUCCAAAGCCUGCGCACCGUCCAGCUCUAUGGUCCUACCAACUUUGCUCCUGUCAUCAACCAGGUGGCUGGGAUAGCCGCCCAGGUGACCGAUGGCUCACAAUACCACGUCCUCCUCAUCAUCACUGAUGGUGUCAUCUCUGACAUGCUGCAGACCAAGGAAGCCAUUGUCACCGCUUCCUCCCUGCCCAUGUCCAUCAUCAUCGUGGGAGUAGGUCCAGCUGAGUUUGAGGCCAUGGAGGAGCUGGACGGUGAUGAGGUACGGUUGUCUUCCCGGGGACGGUAUGCUGAGAGGGACAUUGUACAGUUUGUGCCAUUUCGGGAUUACGUGGAUGACUCGGGCAACCAGGUGCUGAGCAUGGCCCGCCUGGCCAAGGACGUGCUGGCUGAGAUCCCUGAGCAGCUGCUCUCUUACAUGAAGACCCGUGACAUCAAGCCUCACCGGGCAGAUCCCGAGUAGCUCUUCCAUGAGCCAUGGGACUGACUGGUGGGGCGAGGAUAUGUUACCUUUUUUCUGCCGGUAGCCAGGGCUUAACCAUGGAGAGAUGUGGCCCCUUUAGGGAGAUAAUCAGCUGCUAUGGUUGGUCAAAACAGGGCUGAGACCCACUUCUGGCAGUGAGAUCACAGGGCUGCCCCUUCCUCCUGCCCGAUGUCCAGCAGCAAGGCGGGACUGUCCCUCGACCGUGGCAGUGCGGGCAGGGCCAGCACCGGGGGUAACACGGUGUGUGCGUGUGUGUGUCCCGGGAGAGCAGCCUGGCGUCUGCCCCAGGGGAAGGCUGAGUGCCUGCCGGGGGUCUCAGCCCCGCUGCUCCUUGGGGCAGCGGCCUCGCCCUGCUCUUGCCUGCACCCCAUUCCUGCCUGCACCCCGCUCCUGCCUGUGCCCUCUCCUCCGGCUCUGCUAACCCGGGCUGAUCGGCCUGCCUCAUGCCCUGCCGCACGGCCGGGGCUCCCGCCACCGGAGGGUGCCGGGGCGGAGGGCAGGCGGGUCUCUACUGCGUUACCGACUGUAAAUAAACUGCUCAACCGGG